CAAAAGAAAACUGACAUUUUGUUUUGGUAUAUUGUGCCACUUGUGUCACUUGGUAUUCUGAAUUAUGGCAGAUGAAAACACUCCUCAGAAGAAGGAAGAUUCCAAGAAAAGACCUAAACGACAUCCAAACAAAAACUAUGCUUUAAAAAAGCGAGUACCAUUGAAACCCGUAGACGGUGAUAAUGUGAUAUACAUUACGAGGAAGACUAAUUUCAAGGCACAGCUCGAUAAGUGCUGCGAUCUCUUGACUAAGGGAGAAAAAGACAUAAUUCUUCAUGGUUUAGGCGCUGCCAUACAAAGGUGCUGCAACCUGGCACUUCAACUUGAAAUAUUGUUCUCUGGCACAUGUCAGAUUGAAGUAAACACCGGAACUGUAGACUGUGUUGAUGACCUGGAGCCACUGACUGAUGAACUAGACUUUGAUUCACAAGUGAGGUGUUCAUCUUCAAUCCACAUAAGGAUAUUUAGAACUGCAAUGCUUGGUGCCAACCAGUAAAGAUGUUCUUCACGCUGAAUG